CUGGGCAGCCCCGGUAGACUGCUCCAACUUGGUGUCUUUCCCCAAAUAUGGAGCCUGUGUGGAGUCACUGGGGGAGCCGGGGGUGGGGAGGGGAGCCGGCUUCCUCCAGCAGGGAGGGGGCCGAGGAGCAAGCCAGCGGGGGAGGCUGACAUCACCACAGCGGCAGCCCUUUAAACCCCUCACCCAGCCAGCGCCCCAUCCUGUCUGUCCAAGCCCAGACACAAGUCUUCACUCCUUCCUGCGAGCCCUGAGGAAGCCCUCUCUCCCCAAACAUGGCCAACAAGGGUCCUUCCUAUGGCAUGAGCCGCGAAGUGCAGUCCAAAAUCGAGAAGAAGUACGACGAGGAGCUGGAGGAGCGGCUGGUGGAGUGGAUCAUAGUGCAGUGCGGCCCUGAUGUGGGCCGCCCAGACCGUGGGCGCUUGGGCUUCCAGGUCUGGCUGAAGAAUGGCGUGAUUCUGAGCAAACUGGUGAACAGCCUGUACCCUGAUGGCUCCAAGCCGGUGAAGGUGCCUGAGAACCCGCCCUCCAUGGUCUUCAAGCAGAUGGAGCAGGUGGCUCAGUUCCUGAAGGCGGCUGAGGACUAUGGGGUCAUCAAGACUGACAUGUUCCAGACUGUUGAUCUCUUUGAAGGCAAAGACAUGGCAGCAGUGCAGAGGACCCUGAUGGCUCUGGGCAGCUUGGCAGUCACCAAGAAUGAUGGGCACUACCGUGGAGAUCCCAACUGGUUUAUGAAGAAAGCGCAGGAGCAUAAGAGGGAAUUCACAGAGAGCCAGCUGCAGGAGGGAAAGCAUGUCAUUGGCCUUCAGAUGGGCACCAACAGAGGGGCUUCCCAGGCCGGCAUGACAGGCUACGGACGACCUCGGCAGAUCAUCAGUUAGAGGGGAGAGGGCCAGCCCUGAGCCCUGCCCUCCCCAGCUCCCUGGCUACAGCCAUCCCGCUUAGCCUGCCUCACCCACACCUGUGUGGUACCUUCAGCCCUGGCCAAGCUUUGAGGCUCUGUCACUGAGCAACGGUAACUGCACAUGGGCAGCUCCUCCCUGUGUCCCCAGCCUCAGCCCAACUUCUUACCCGAAAGCAUCACUGCCUUGGCCCCUCCCUCCUGGCUGCCCCCACCACCUCUACUGUCUCCUCCCUGGGCUAAGCAGGGGAGAAGCGGGCUGGGGGUAGCCUGGAUGUGGGCUAAGUCCACUGUCCUCCUUGGCGGCAAAAGCCCAUUGAAGAAGAACCAGCCCAGCCUGCCUCCUAUCUUUUCCUGGAAUAUUUUUGGGGUUGGAACUCAAAAAAAAAAAAAAAAAUACAUCAAUCUUUUCUCAGGC